UAGAAACGUGGACUAUUGUUGACAAAACGGAACCAUUUUUUUUUUUUUACACAAAAACAGCAGCCGAAGCCCUAAAAACAACAAAUAAAGCCACGGAAUCACCUUAAGAGACCAAAUGUCGGACAAACGCCGGGCUUUGCCGCCGUGGAUGUCAAAAGAGGACGUGGGGUUGAAAGAGAAGCAGCCCCGAAUGACCACCAAGAAGAAAGCCGCACGGGCUAUUUUAUACUGUAUGAACGAAAAAGAGAUGGUGGAAGCUGCUGUCGCAUGUCUGGGACACCAGAAUGUGGUUCUCCGGUCCGGCCAGCAGGUUGAAAGUAAAAUGGAGGAUGCAGCUGGUAAGAGGUACAGGAAAACGGCUUCUUCGUUAAAAAGAGUGAAGCCGGCCACAGAAGCAAUAGAGGAGGCGUGUGAGAAUGUGUCCUACGUGUCGGAGACGGACUUGGACAUAAGCGAGAUGGACACAUUGCCGUAUGCCACCGAUAACCAGGAGCAGAAGGCGGAUUGUGAGGAUCUGGUGUCACCAGCAGCAGUCGCUUGUCUCAGGAAGGACGGCCUGCAGACAGAAAAGGAACAUUUAACCAACAGCCAAGACAAGGACGAUGCCAUGCGUCUUGUGCGAGAAAUAUUUUUCAGUAGAUAAUGGACUCAGACACAAUAGUCAUGAUUUUACAGCAGAGUAUGUAUUGUUUUCUUACAAGCAUCAACAUGCAGCCCACAUACAUACACAAACUGGGAAACAUCAUGGCCAUAAAUGCCUGUUUGCAGCGGUUACGCAGUUAGAGGCUGGUAACUUUCCAACAUUAUCCCGACUAAGCAAAAUACGCCCUACAUAAUACACAUGUGCACAGGAAAAUGACGUUAUGCUACAAACGCAGUAUGAUUGAAAACAUUAAGGGCCUACUGAAAUGCGAUUUUCUUAUUUAAACGGGGAUAGCAGGUCCAUUCUAUGUGUCAUACUUGAUCAUUUCACGAUAUUGCCAUAUUUUUGCUGAAAGGAUUUAGUAGAGAACAUCGACGAUAAAGUUCGCAACUUUUGGUCGCUGAUAAAAAAAGCCUUGCCUGUACCGGAAGUAGCAGACGAGUAGCGUGACGUCACAGGUUGUGGAGCUCCUCACAUCUGCACAUUGUUUACAAUCAUGGCCACCAGCAGCGAGAGCGAUU